GAGCUGCGGGGGGAGGGAGGAGCCGCGGGGGCGGGCAGGGUGGGAAAUACCCGGGAUGAGGAGCCCCCGGUGCUCACAGCCCAGCGCGGAGCUGCUUCUUGCCAGCCGUGUCCCAGACAAAGAAGUGGCUGGAAAAAAUGAGCUACUUGAGGCGUGCCCAGAGAUACUCAGAAACGAGAUGGAAUACAGCUAAGGAAUGGAUGAAAAGGACAUUCACCGGAUCAAGAAAGGAGGAAUCUCACCCUGGGUUUAGCUACAGGGACCAAAGGGAGGAGCCUUUCUGUGCAGGAAGGAGAGAGAGUGACGAGACCAAGAAGGCCGUGGAAUCCAAAAUACACGAGGCCUUCCAGGACCUCAACAAUGAAAUGAAAGCUUUGCAUGAAGAUUUCAAAAACUUAGAGUCCAAACAGAGUGAGGAGAUCAGAGCAGAGCUGGAGAAGAACUCAGGAUAUGUAGAGGAGGAAAUUGCAAGGGCCAUGAAAGCCAAGAUGAAUAUGAAACUCCGGGAGCUCUCCCGAAGAAUCCGAAUUGUGGCAGAAGAUGUAGAGGAAUGGCCAGAGACCACAAAGGAUGAGCUUCAGCUUUUCAGAGCAGAACUGGAGAAGAACUCAGGAUAUGUAGAGGAGGAAAUUGCAAGGGCCCUGGAAUCCAAGUUGAAGAAGAGCUUCCGGGAGCUCUCCCGAAGAAUUCGAACUCUGCAACAAGAUGUAGAGGAAUGUCUGGAGACUACAAAGGAUGAGCUUCAGCUUUGCAGAGCAGAACUGGAGAACAACUCAGGAAACAAAGAGGAGGAAAUUGCAAGGGCCAUGGAAUCCGUGUUGAGGAAUACCCUUCAACAGGUCUUCCAAGGAAUUACAAUUGUGGAAGAUGUAAAGAGGGCCAUAAAGCAUGGGCUUCUGCUUCGCCAUGCAUAGGUGCAGAAGAACUCAGGAAACUCAAACAACUACAAGACAACAUGAAGAAAUUGACUGUGAAUGAUUUGGGCUUUGAUGAAUGGUUUGAGGGAUGGGGAAUAACUGGAUGGUUGAAAGAUCUUAAAGGGAGCUUUGUUAUUAUUAGUAGUCAUUAUUAUAUUGCUUUGUAUUAUUCCAUGCCUAAUGAAAUUGGUGACCCACUUGGUAGAAAAUACAAUGAAAAGGGUUUGGCUGGUGCAAGAAGAAGAAGGGGGAAUUGUAGCAAUGUAUCUGAACAACUUAGGCCACUCUGUGCACCAGCCAUACUGCUUGUAGUUAUUCUUAUCAGAGCCCUCUGGAAUUCAUCAAGGUUACUAAGAUAUAAACUGUGCACAAUUGAGAAGGAAGAGGCUGAGAAACAGAAUACCAAGACCACAAGAACCAGAUAACAGCAGGCUGAGAACCGCCUGGACUGUAACCAAUCACAUACUCUGAGAAUUGUGUGCAGAAGGCAUGGACAAGACAGAGGCACCAAUGAAGAAGAGCGUGAUCAGUGUGUGCAGAAGGGUUAGAAUGUAUAAAUAAGUCAUAAGGUAAACAAUAAACGGCUUCUGCUAAUCAGA